UCAGCGCGUUUGACGGGCAAUGCCGCUCGGCCAGGGAGACCCCAUUGAAUUUUGUUGAAAAAAUUGAGUAAAAACUGAAAAAAACUUUGUUCCUUCUGCAGCUUACAUUUUUAACGUUGAGAUUUGAACUUUUUACCUAACGUACUGCGGAAUUAUGGGCGAAAGUACAAAACUCGUAACCACACGUAAACUUCCUUUUUUUUAUAGUGAAAUACUACCGUUAAAAGCUAUAUUUGCUGUGUUCAUCUUCGAUUCCGAAACUGCUGUAUCAUUUCGUUUCAUUUUGGGAUUGUUGUCGAUGUGACGUAAUCAUAAUCAAAUCAAAAACGAAAACUUUUCCAAAUCCAAUGUGGAUGCGGCCAUGAAUCACUGAAUCACUGUAGUAAACAAAGCUGUUUAUAAAUGAUACUGACGAAAUUCGCUUGUCAUUUUUAGACUUUUACUUUGAGAAUGGCUGAGCGAGCCGAAAUACUUGGUUUUAUACCUCAAAAAGAGCUAGUGUACAGUAAAUUGUUGCAAUAUGGAGACGAACUUGAUGCCGAAUCUCAAAAAUAUUUAAUUGAAAUUAAAACAAAUCUCGGUAAAUCAAUUCAAUGCCAAGAUUUGCGAGAUGUUUCCUAUUGGGCAAAUCAUUUGGCAAGGUACAUUCGACUUUAUGGCAGAAAGUUUUCAAAGGAAGAUCAUGUUCACUUCAUUAAAGUAUUCUUUGAACUUUUACUAAUUAAUGAUGUAGAAAGUAGUUUUGUAAAAAAAAUAUCUGUGAUGUUGCACUCUUUGCUCAAGAAAGCUGAAUUACUAUCGCGUGAUGAUCUUGAGUUACCAUGGCGUCCUCUUCAUGAAUUGGUUAGAAGACUAUUUUUCUCCACAUAUGACAGUGUUGGAAUGUUUUUAAAUCCUACCAAUUUGGAAAAUAACAUUAAAGUCCUCGUCAAAGAUUGUAGCAAGUAUUUUCCAGUUGAAGCUACUCAAGAAAUACUCGAGGAGUUUAAGCCUUACAUGUGUCCUUUCGAUACUGAAAUGGUUGAUGCCAUGUGUAAUUUAGAAUAUUUUCUUCCCACUGUAUUACCUCCUGAAGAUCACUGCCGAGGUUUCAAAUUGUGGUUUGAUGAGCUUAUGAAAACUUGGCAAAAUUGGCAUAAUAUUCCAGCUUGGGAAGAUUCUCUGUUACAGCUUCUUGCUCGAUUAGCUGAAGAUAAUGUUGGAUACAUUGAUUGGGAGCCUUAUAUACCAAUGAUUUUUACUAGACUGUUACGUAGUUUUAAUCUCCCUGGUAGACCUGGUACAUUACAAGUCUACAGAGCAUCUGCAGCUUUUGACACUGCUUCCAUUGCCACUAUAAUAGCAUCUAUGUUGGGAAUGGGCAACAGUUGUCAGCUUCACAUCACCCGUCUCUUCAAAGCUUUGGAAUCUUUCUAUCACCCAUCCAAUCAUGGAAGAUGGCUGGUAAAAAUGCAGAAGCUUCUGCAGAGACUUCCCCUUGCUGUGACUAAACGACUCCACCGAGAGCGUCAUUCUAAACCUACUUGGAAGGCACCUGUUCCUGAACAUGCUAAGCUCACCAAUGAUGAUAUCACAGAAUUUGUAAAAAGCAUUGUUCCUGCCGUUCUUUUGUCUAUGUUUAGUAAACGAGGAUGUAUAGACUCUUCUUUAGCCAUUCAAAAUCUUGGUGCUCUGCGUCCUGAAUUAGUUAUUCCCCCUUUGUUAGAAAGAUUGUAUUCUUCAUUGGAGACACUUACAGAACCACAUCGAUUAACUGCUGCUUUGCACUGCAUUGUGCCUGUGUGCAGACCUUUAGUGCAGCCUAACAAAUAUUUUCCUGAAGGCCAGUCACAUGUCAUACCACUACUCACAGCAUCUUUACCUGGAAUUGAUCCUAAUGACAUUCGAAAAUGCAUGGUGACCUUCCAGUUCAUUUCAACUCUUGUUACAGUAGUUUUAAUGAUUGAUUGUUCCAGUGCUGUAGAAAUACAUCCAGAUCUACCACAAAAUAUCCAAGAUGUUUGUUUAUCUACUGCAAUAUUUGAAGAUUUUGUUCUUCAAUUUAUGGAUAGAUGCUUUGCAUUGGUUGAAAACAGCUGUUUUGAUAAUCAUAACUGUCUGGACCGUGAUUCUGAGCGUAAAAACCCAGAAGAACAGUUUAUGGAAAUAGGACUCUAUAGUACAUUUGGACUUAUUCUAAUGCAGUGUUCUCCUGCUAUAUAUGAGGUAGCCUUAAGUAAACUUCAAACAUUUGUCACCUCUCAUAUUCUUGAAAUAAACGUUUCUGGGAAAUAUGCUGCCAAUAUGUGUCGUGUUGCAUGCAGGAUAAAUCCUGAAUUGGGGUUGAAAUUAUUUUUGCCUCAUUUCUCUAAACUAGUCUUAGCUUUAACUGAAGCUGAUGACAUUAUAAAUGAAGAAAAGUUGGAUGACGAACUUCUUUUUAGUUUGUUAAUAUUGUCUGAGAUUGUUCGAAGUGAUGGUAAGCAUGUUCAUCAGUAUCAUAGCAACAUUGUGAAAGUCCUAGAAAGAACUUUAAAUUUGAAGUGCAAAGAAGGUUAUAGUUUAGCAUGUUCUUUACUCUCUCACACUUUAAAAUCAUAUUUAACCAUCUAUCCUCUGAAUACAUGCAGUGUGUCCAACCCUUGGUCUCGUUAUGGUCCAGAAGAAAUACAUCGUUAUUUGGAGGAUUGGGGUAUUGCUGGAAACAUUCACAAGUUAGAGAUGGUACGUCAUACACCUUCUGAUGAAGAACUUGAAGCUGCCAGAUCUCUAUUGGAACAAUUUAUGUUAAAAGAAUUAAAAAAAUUGCAAAAAUGGGCAAAUAAAGAAAUUGAUUUAUCAAGGGAUGAAGCUCAUUGUUCGCUGACUAUUGUAUUGAAGAGUCUAAUUGGAUCAGCGAGUUGUCUUCCAUUGUGGGAUGAACCUCAAUUAGAUCUACGAGAAACAACACUACCGCCAGUACAACCAUUUGCUCUUAAUUGUGGAUUCAGAGAUAUAUCUUUUCAUAAUCAAAAUGUGCGCCUGCUUAUAUGUGAAACUAUAAAUAAGCUUUUAGGUCAUAUAUUGGAAUAUUGUGAAGAUGAUACCAAGUCUCUUUUUAGUAUAAUAAAGAUUUACAAUGCUCUGAUAUUUAAUUGGGGUCUUGAAAAAGAAGAGUAUGAUUCUCGAGCAAAAGGAUUUCGUGCUGUGAAAAAUGCCCUGGAAAACAAACUUCACGGUCAGAAAAAACACAUACGUUCUCUUUUGAUUGAUAGAGUUCAUUUAGCACAUGAGUUUCGUGUGUCUGAGAGAUAUAGACUAUUUUUCUCUGCUACCCAUAAAAUGAUAAUGGAGGAUUUAAUGAAGUUAUCUACUAGUCAUUAUGCAGAAGUACGAAGUAAAGCCCAAUCGGUCCUUCAUAAUUGCUUUUCAAUCCAUCAUAGUUCAGCAAAAGUUGUUUUUAAACAAAUUUUAGAGAAUUUAAAAAGAGAUCCUACACAAUUCCAUGAAGAAUAUAAGGGAGUUUUGUAUCUAGUUUUGGGUCAAAAACAAAACACUUUGUUAACUGCACAGUCAUGGGAGAUAUUGGCAGACCUUUGGCCAACCAUAGUUUCUGCAAAACAUUCCGAAAAACCUUCCAUCAUUAGGUUACUGGAAAAAAUGGAAUCCAGCAUACAAAAACAUCUCACAACAUAUCAAAUAAAGCUUGUGAUUCCUGAUUCUACAAUUAACGUAGCUAAAUGUUUUUGGAAUAGCACUCCUGUACCAGAUUCACCAUAUUUCACUGAUGAGGAGAUUUCUCAGUAUUCCAAAGGGUUGGCCUGUCGUUGUGAGAAAAAAGAAAAGUCUUACUAUAAACUUGUGAAUGAUUUAAUAAAUCUUGUCAAAAAUGGAAAUUUGCAUUGGAGGCACAACCAUUUAGCUCUUCUAAUGCUGGAGUAUCUGAUCCGUCAUGAUGUUCCUUUUACUAAAGAAGGUGUUGAGUUAUUUGUUGGACAACUUGUUCAUGAUACCCUUGCUGUUAGAAAAAGUGCAAUUCAUAGUGUAUCCUGCAUCCUGAAACAACUUAGACGUGAGCAUCCUAAAAUCACUAUAGAUCCUCUGACUCAAAAUCCUAAAAAUCCUUGCUUUCAUCCUUUAAUGCCUAAACCUGCUGAUGGACAAUUGCCUGAAAAUUUUUGGCUUAUGUAUAACAGUUCAAAUCUUCCUGAUACCGAAGACAAAUGGAAUUCAAGACAUUUUGUCCAUAAAACGCACUGGGGGUGUGUUUCAUGGCCAAAAAAAUUUGAAGUUCCUGCUCCAGCAUCUGAGCAACCUAAGUUAGAUAGAACUAUUGAUGAACUUUCUGAGUUGGAAAAACCAAUUUAUGAAGCCUUUACUCAACAGAAAUUUGUUGAUAGCUUAAUAUCUUAUCUUUCAUUAGAAGAGAAAAAAGGGCAUGAUAAAUUUGAUGCAAAAAAGUUUUAUUUGUUUAAAAAUUUGUUCACAAGGUUUGGAGACACAUUUUUACCUUACAUAAUUGACCACCUGCAUAGAAUGGUUGAAGAUAAAACCGAAAGUGUACAGCGAUGUUGCUCUGAAAUCUUAGCUGCAAUUCUACAUGCUUGCAAGCAUUAUGAUUUCAAGAAAAUGCACAAAAUGAAAGAAAUGUUCAGUCCAAUUCUAGAAAAAGCUUUGCGCAAUAUGUUUCCUGACGUGAUAAAUGAUUGGGCGACUUGUGUGGCUACAAUUGCUGAAAGUAGAGAUCCUAAUCAAUAUUACUGGCUUUUUGAGCUCUUUAUGACAGAACCUCAAAGUAUAGAAAAUGGAUCCUUCCUAGAAUCUAGUUGGAUAUUUCUACUUAUUGGUCUUCUUAGCCAGCAAGAAUGGAGAGCUUUUGAAUUAUUACACAGGGUAUUAGACUAUGCAAUGCCUAAAUUAGAUCAUUCGUACCAAAAUGUGAGAGAAAAGCUAGGAAGCUUACUCUCAUAUAUAUUUAUGUAUGACAUUCCUGAAGCAAAUAUACCAUGUUUGAUGUUUGCACCCAAAAGGAUUCCUUUCAUAAAUUCAUUACUACCCAAAUUAGAGUUGCUGCAACCCAAUAAAGAUAGUAAUGACAAAGAUAGCAUAGCAGAAUGUAUUGAUGUUCCUCCAGAAAAAAAGAAGGCAGAAAACCUUUUUCGAACAAUUUGUCGCUGGAUAACGUUUAAUGGCGCCAAGUCGAUAUGUGCUGCUCCUCCUGAAAUUUAUCAGUUUUUGCCUUUGCUAUGCCACGUAGGAAAUGAAACUUCAGAUGAAGAAUUAAAAAGAGAGUGUAAUAUAUCAAUAGCUAUAUUGGGACAAUCUUUGUUGUGUCCAGAUAGUAUAGAAGCUGCUGUUCAAACAGUUAAAAAGAUAUCCACGGGCAUUUCAUGGCAUUCCCGAAUGUCUAUUGCUGCAUUUUUACAACAAAUGGUCUUUUCUAAUCUAUAUACUGUGUUACUUAAUGAGUCUUGGAAAAAAGAAAUCUAUGAAAUGGUUCUCCUUUUACUUCAAGAUGAAAGAGUCGAAGUUCGUGAAUCUGCCUCAAUAACAUUGUGUGGAUUUUUACACUGUGAAUAUUUUAAAUUGACAGAUGAUUUAGUGAAUACUUUCAAAAGAAAGAGUGAAAGGAAGCUUGUUUACAAGCCAGCAACCAAAGAUGGUCCUAGAAGUCUGGAGCCUGAUGAGCUCAGAGAAAGGCACGCUGGUGUGCUAGGACUGUGUUCUAUUGUAAAUGCUUAUCCAUACGAUGUGCCCGAAUUUCUCCCAGAAAUUUUAGUCCUCCUUGGUGAUCAUCUGAAUGAUCCACAACCAAUAUCAGGUACUAUUAAAAAAACUUUUUCAAGUUUUCGAAGAACACAUUAUGACAACUGGAGAGACCAUAAACUUAAAUUUACUGAUGAUCAACUUGCUGUGAUAACUGACUUAUUAGUUUCACCUAGCUAUUAUGCUUGAUAAAUAUUUAACAUUAUUUACAUCACAUUGUUAUUUAUGAUAUCAAAUGGAGUUCACAGACAAUUGUUAAAUUUUACUUGUUUGUCCCUUUCAUAUUUAUUGCAUAUAAAUUGAUAAUAGAGAUUUUUUUUUAAAAAAUGAUACCUGUACAUGUAUUUUUACUAGAUCAUUGUUUUUAUUCCCUUUAGUUAAAAUGUAUGAGUUACCAAGUGUUUAUCAAAAAUUUAGUUAUUCUUUAUACAACUUUAGAAAUUGAAAAAAAAAAAAAAUCCUGCAUGUCCCAUUAUCCUGGUACAAACUGAGAUAAGCAAUUAUCUCAGCUAUCAGAUGAUAGUUUAUCACUGUUUUUUUUUAAUAAUCUCAUUUCGUAUAAGUCUAUAAAAAAUAUUUUUUCUGUAUGAAAAAAUUGUUAUCAGAUAAACAAAGUUACAAAAAAAUUACAAUAAUUAAAGUUUUGUUAACACUGGUAACUCAACUCUAUUAACUUACAAAUUUUUACUUGUGUAACUUUUUAUUUCUUUUCACGGAUUUGUAAUUUUGUUUUUAAUUGAAUUUGAAAUUUGUGGGAAAUUUGUAGGUUUUUUAAAUCUAUUAAGUGCGUAUUUUGUAAUAUUUUAAGAUGUUAAUAUUAUUUCUCAAUGAUUAUUGAUGGAAUGUGUAAUUUUUCUUUGAAGGAACUAAAUCCUUUUUGUUUUUCAUUACAAUAUUUGAUUUGUAUAUAUAAAUACUGUUACCGCAUAUUUCUCAAUUCAUCAUUUUUGAUAAUAAAAUUUUUUUUAAUGGUU